CGCUUCCGCGUUCCUCGCCGCCGGAGAUGGCGGAGUAUUCGUGCGUGAAACGCACCAAGCUCGUCCUCAAAGGGGCGAAGGAGAAAAGCAAAAAGAAGCACAAGGAGAAGAAAAGGAAAAGGGAAGAGGAUGCGGCAGAGCAACUUGAUAUUGUUGGAAACUGGUGGGCUGUCAGUAACUUUGGUGAAAUUACAGGAACUAUAGCUAUAGAAAUGGAUAAAGGAGCUUACAUCCAAGCCCUCGACAAUGGCUUGUUUACGCUUGGAGCACCACAUAAAGAUGAUGAAGGCCCUAGUCCUCCUGAACAGUUUACAGCAGUAAAGUUGUCUGAUACAAGGAUUGCUCUAAAGUCAGGUUAUGGCAAAUACCUUGGUAUAAAUUCAGAUGGACUUGUUGUUGGACGUUCAGAUGCAAUUGGAUCAAGAGAGCAAUGGGAACCUGUCUUCCAAGAUAAGAAAAUGGCAUUACUAGCAGCAAAUAGCCGUUUUAUUAGAUGUAAUGAAGAGGGAGACAUAGAAGCCAAAAGCAAAACUGCAGGGGAAGAAGAAAUGAUUAAGAUUCGUACUUGUGCUGAAAGAGAAACUAAGAAGAAAGAUGAUGUUCCACAAGAAGACAAAGGAAAUGUUAAACAGUGUGAAAUUAAUUAUGUAAAGAAAUUUCAAAGUUUUCAAGACAAAAAGCUUAAAAUAAGCAAAGAAGACACAAAAGCCCUCAGAAAAGCCAGGAAAGAAGGCACUUUUCAUGAAAUGCUUCUGGACAGGAGAGCAAAAGUGAAAGCAGAUAGAUACUGCAAGUGACAACCAGCUGGUCAAUUUUCUUCUGCAUCUUUCAUGACAAGGUCAUGUUGAAAACAAGAGUAAAAUGUUUUAUAAUUAUUUUU